AUGACGACGCCGAUCAGCAAAGCCCGGGUGGAGGAGGGGCAGGUACCGAAAGGAAAGGGGGUGAUCCGACGUCGAAGCAGAGCUGGACUGGGGGAAGCGAGGGGCGAGGUGGACAGCAGGGCUCCAGAGAGCGGGGCGGGGGCCGGGGCGCUCACCAGUCUGGGUCCAGUCUGGGCGGGGCGGGGGCAGGGGCUGCGGGCAUGCAGCAUGCUGCAGCCAGGCCACAUCCUCAGCAUGCACAGAGCGGAGCAAAGCGGCCAGGGCAGCCCGGCGCCCCAGGGGGGCGGCAGGCCACGCCCACUGGGGGGCGGGCAGCCGAGCCCCGCCCCACUGCCGGCCAGGGGUCUGCUGGGCGCGGGGGGGGGCCUCACCCCAGAGGCUCUGUGCUUGGUGGGCAAGACGGGGCCCCUCGCCACCUCAGGGCUAAGCGUGAGGGGGCGCUCCGGCCGGGGCCAGCAGCUGCGUGGGCUCGCGGCGGCCCACGCUGUCACUCUUCAGGGCGUGGCCCGACCCAGGGAGGGCGGGGGGUGUGGCAGGAGGGACCACCCACCUUCCCACGUGUCACCAAUGCACACCGGCCCGGCAUCCCCCAGGAACCAGCCAAGGAACCGUGUGGUGUCGAAAAGGGAGACGCCCAACACACACGCCAAGGUGAGCGUCUGA